AUGAAGUGCCUUUGGUUUUCAGUUUUAUUUAUUGUACUUUAUAUCACAUUUUCUUCCGCUGUUCCACUACUUUCAGAAGUGGAGAAAAAUGAGCAGGACCGGCAAUUUGCAGAGACAUACUUGAACAGAUUUUACAAGCUUGAAGACAGUUCAACAAAGUUUGCAAUCAAUCUGCCAAUAAACUAUGUAUCAAAGAGGUCCCUAUCAGAUAAGAUUAAGAAAAUGCAAGAAUUCUUUGGUCUUCGGGUAACUGGGAAUCUGGAUUUGGCAACAAUGGAAGUCAUGGAAAAGCCUCGAUGUGGAGUCCCCGAUGUUGCUGAAUACAAUCUCUUUCCAAGAAAGAUUAAAUGGAAGAAAAACAAUAUCACAUACAGAAUAACAAACUACACCCCCGAUCUUCAGUCUGUGGAUGUGGACACAGCAAUUUGGAAAGCUUUUAUGAUUUGGAGUGAAGUCACACCUUUGAAGUUCACAAGAAUCCAUGAGGGAGAAGCUGAUAUCAUGAUCUCUUUUGGAACUGGAGAACACGGUGAUAGUUAUCCCUUUGAUGGAGCGGAUGGAUUAUUGGCCCAUGCUUUCCCCCCUGCAGCAGGCAUUGGAGGUGACACACACUUCGAUGAAGAUGAGACCUGGACAAUGGGGUCAAAUGGUUAUAACUUGUUCCUUGUGGCUGCCCAUGAAUUUGGCCAUGCACUUGGACUGGCUCAUUCUCGUGAUCCAGGUGCAUUAAUGUACCCGACCUACACAUAUACAAGUAUGGAUGAGUUUCGCCUUUCUUGGGAUGAUGUCAAGGGAAUCCAGGCUCUGUAUGGUGCAUCAAAACAGAUAAUCACAAAUCGCAGACCACCACAAAGGACACCAAAGAAAUGCAGUCGUAAGUUGUCAUUUGAUGCGGUCGUUAGUCUUCGAGGAGAAAUGCUUUUCUUCAAAGACAGGUUUUUCUGGAGGAGACAUCCAACAGUGCCUGAGGUUGAAUUGACUUUAAUUCGGUCAUUCUGGCCAAAGUUACCUGCACGGAUCGAUGCGGCCUAUGAAAACCAGGAGAGGGACUUCCUGGUUGUUAUUAAACGGAACAAAUACUGGGCCAUCAAUGGCUAUGAUAUCAUGCCGGGUUACCCAAAGUACAUCUACCGAUUCGGUAUUCCGAAAUCCGUCAGGAAAAUCGAUGCAGCUGUACAUAUUGCGGGGACAUCAAAGACUCUAUUCUUUGCAGGAGACCAGUAUUGGAGUUAUGAUGAACGGAAACGAGUGAUGGAUGAAGAUUCCCCACGCCUGAUAGCAGAUAACUGGCCAGGAAUACCCGGGAGAGUGGAUGCAGCAUUUGCACAACAUGGAUAUAUUUAUAUUUUCCAUGGACCACAUCAUUUCCAAUUCAGCAUCAGAGAGCAGCGAAUGACUGGGAUGCACAGAAUCAAUCAGUGGGUGGGCUGUUAGAUAAAUGCAUUUACGCAUUUAUCAAAUUGAUAGUGCACUCUGUACUAAACCAUUGUGAAUAGAUUAUAUGCAAAAUACCUCUCACCAUUAGAUGGUGCUUAAAUGUUAUUACAAUCCAAUGUAAUUAUUGUAAACAAACAAACUAAUUGAAACAAUUCAACAUCAUUCUCGUAUUUUUUGUCAUUUACUAUUCAACGCUGGAAGCAAAAUAUGUUUCCAAAAUUUGAUGUUAUUUAUUUUUCACAACAAUGCUGCAGUGCAUGUAAAUAUGGUAGAUCUUGAGAUAUGCCACUGAUGUGUUUUUAUUAAAUGUUAAAUGAUAUCAUUCUCUACAUGUUUGAACAGUGAGGGGCUAAAUUGGGGUAAAAACAGUGUAUGACUAAAAUGAAGUGUAGGGAUGUUGUACAUCCU